CUCCGCGGGGCGGGCCGGGCCGGCCUGGGGCCGCGCCGAGACAUCAGCGCCGGUGCGGCGACCUCGGCGCCCGUGUGGUGCAGUGUGCAAAGCCCACUGGUUGGCGUGGCCUGGACACGCCCUCCCCAGAGGAACAAAACCGGCGGCCGGCCGGCGCGCCCAGCCCCGCUUGCAGAGCGCUGCCCAGCCGCCCGCCCGCCGCGCGCCCAGCUGCCGCCAGGAUGCCGAACUGGGGAGGAGGCAAGAAGUGUGGGGUGUGCCAGAAGACGGUGUACUUUGCCGAGGAGGUUCAGUGCGAAGGCAGCAGCUUCCACAAGUCCUGCUUCCUGUGCCUGGUCUGCAAGAAGAAUCUGGACAGCACCACCGUGGCUGUGCACGGCGAGGAGAUUUACUGCAAGUCCUGCUACGGCAAGAAGUACGGGCCCAAGGGCUACGGCUACGGGCAGGGCGCGGGCACCCUGAGCAUGGACAAGGGGGAGUCGCUCGGCAUCAGACAGGAAGAGGCCGCCGGCCACAGGCCCACCACCAACCCCAACGCGUCCAAGUUUGCCCAGAAGGUCGGCGGCUCCGAGCGCUGCCCGCGAUGCGGCCAGGCCGUCUACGCCGCCGAGAAGGUGAUUGGUGCCGGGAAGUCCUGGCAUAAGUCUUGCUUCCGAUGUGCCAAGUGCGGCAAAGGCCUCGAGUCCACCACCCUGGCCGACAAGGACGGCGAGAUUUACUGCAAAGGAUGCUACGCUAAAAACUUCGGGCCCAAGGGCUUCGGCUUCGGGCAGGGCGCCGGGGCGCUGGUCCACUCGGAGUGAGCCCGCCGGCCGCGCUGCUCUCACCCGCGCUUCUCGUCACCACCCUCCCCGGCAGCCUCGCGACCUGCAGGAUCCCUCCCCCUUCAGCCCUGCACACAUCACUAAGGACUUGAACUGGGUGUCUGGCUCCCUUUGGUUUGGGCGUCUGUGGGAGGCCCCACCCCUUCCGAGGCACUCCCCCGGCCUGGGACCUGCCACCGACACCAGCAGGAGGUCUCGGGGCUCUGGGUCUCCCCGCCCUGCCCCCGCUGCGCCGCGCAGACCCCUGUCCUCAGCCUCUUAGGCUGAGCGUCCGUCAUCGGUGGGGCCCAGCGGGAGGGGGGCAGGACGCGGUGGGGCCGGGAAGGCUGUGCUCUCGUGGGGGAGGGGUCUUCCCGGCGCCCCUCAGAGCAGGCCUGGGGAGUCCCCGCUCGGGAGUCCCUGGGGGACACGCAGACGGGCACAGACCGCAGGGGCCGCCUGCCCUGCUCGGCCUCUUUGAGGCUGUGGAGAGGGGGUCCCCUCGCUCGGGUGGAGAGCCAGCCAGGCCCGAGGGCCCGGAGGCAGGAUGUCGUCUGGCCUCCCCAGGUCGAGCUUCCUGGGUGACGGGGCCCUGAUGAAACACCCCCAACAUCCCUGUCUCCAUCAGAGGCCCGAAUCUGAGGGUGCCGACCGCUGCCCCCGGCCCUGGUCCUGAGGCUGCGGGGCGGCUGCUCCCAUCUCAGCGCAGCCCAGGCCGGGGCUCUGUCCUUAGCACACCUGCCUGACCCUCCGAUGCGGAGGGAAGUGCACACCGCCUGUCUUCACCUGGACCCCUUUCCCCGCCCACCCGGGGCCCGGCCCCUCCCCCCGCCACUUCUCCAGGGACCCCACUCUGGCCACACCACCCACCCCUGCCAGGCCCCCAGGUCCGGAUCAGCAGGAGGACGGGGAGGGGCCAGGCCCUGCUGCCCCGGGAACAGAAGGACGACGCCGCCUGGACCGCAGGGCUGCAGCGUGGGCUGUAUUCAAGCUGAUUCCGUACGCAGUCAAUAAAGCUGUCAGAACAGAA